UACUGGAAAAUGGAGAUCUUCUCCAAGUUCCACUGAAGUCUGUGGAAAUCUCUUCAGCCCAAAGGCCUUUUUUUUUUUUUAGUUUGGAACCUGUAUGUUUUCCUGCUCAGAUGUUCUACAAUCAGUAGUUACUUAAUGUGUCGAUAAUGUUAAACAAGCCCUCUGCAAAGGACUAAGAAAGUCCAAACUUCAGCUGUGAUCUGAGCACCUCCAAGUGCAUUCGGAGGGCAGGCUAUAGGGAAGAAACCUCUGCCCUUGAGAGCGGGCGUUGUAUUUUUGCCCUUUCAUUUUCCCCUUUCCCAUACUUCAGUAUUUUUCUGUUGUCCUAUCUGCCUCUUUCACUCCCUCUUCUUCCAUUUUUCCCAUCCAGCACUUUAAAGGUUAUUCUUUCUCCUGUUAUUCCACCUUCUUUCCUCCUCUCUUCCUUCAUUAGCCCUCUCCCCUCUUUUAUUCCAGCAUGGUGAGGUUGAGUGAAGCCAUGUCAGGCUGCUGAGCUGAUUGCUGGCUGCUGCAGGAAAGAAAGAUGAGGAAGCGCUUUGUGGUGACUGGGGUCCUGACUGCAGUCCUGCUGGGGCUCAUCUUGUUCCUGGGACUCUUCUUUGGGCUGCGCUCGGACUCAGAGGAUGCACACAUCUAUAAAAGGGCAGCUGUGGCUACGGACGCAGGACCAUGCUCAGUAAUUGGAAGGGACAUCCUUCAGCAAGGUGGAUCUGCUGUGGAUAGUGCGAUUGCAGCACUGCUCUGUGUAGGACUCAUGAAUGCUCACAGCAUGGGCAUUGGAGGAGGGCUCUUCUUUACCAUCUAUAACAGUGCAGGAAAUGUGGAAAUCAUUAAUGCGAGAGAGGUGGCUCCUAAAAGAGCAACAGAAGACAUGUUUGGGAACAACACACAGAUCUCUCAGAAAGGAGGACUGUCCAUUGCUGUUCCAGGAGAAAUCCGUGGCUAUGAACUGGCACACCAACGUCAUGGCAAACUGCCUUGGAGAGACUUAUUUCUGCCCAGCGUCAAGUUGGCAAGAGAAGGAUUUCCUAUUGGGAAAGGCCUUGCAUCAGCCAUGAAAUCUAAACAACAGUCAAUUGAAAGCAAUCCUUUACUGUGUGAAGUGUUCUGCAAAGAUGGGAAAAUCCUACAGGAGGGCGAUAUUGUCAAGAUGCCUAAACUAGCCAACACGUACCAGACUAUAGCUGAUGAAGGAGCAGAUGCCUUUUACACAGGAAGCCUGGCAGAUCAGAUCAUCGCUGACAUCCAGAGUGUAGGGGGCAUUAUCACGAUGGAAGACAUGCGGGACUAUAAAGCAACAGUAGAAGACCCUAUCGAGGUCAAGCUUGGAGACUACACCCUAUACACACCUAAUGCCCCCCUGAGCGGCCCAGUGUUAGCCCUCAUUUUCAACAUACUGAAAGGAUAUAAUUUCUCUGCUGACAGCAUCAAAACUGUGGAGGAGAAAGGUCUGACGUACCACCGCAUCGCGGAGGCCUUUCGCUUUGCCUACGCCAAGAGGACUUUGCUGGGAGAUCCAAAGUUUGUCAACGUUACAGAGGCAAUCAGAAACAUGACGUCUGAGUUCUUUGCGGAUAGUCUCCGAAGGAAAAUCACAGACAACACCUCCCAUCCAAUUGAAUACUACGAGCCAGAAUAUUACACUGCAGAUAGUGCCGGCACAUCCCACCUCUCCAUUGUGGCUGAUGAUGGCAGUGCUGUGUCCGCCACCAGCACCAUCAACCAAUACUUUGGCUCUGAUAUACUAUCCAGUGUGAAUGGAAUCAUAUAUAAUGAUGAGAUGGAUGACUUCAGCUCACCUCACAUUAUCAAUGGAUUUGGGAUCCCUCCUUCUCCAGCAAAUUUCAUAGAACCAGGUAAACAGCCACUGUCCUCCAUGUGCCCUUCCAUUUUGGUGGAUAAAACAAAAAAGAUCAGGAUGGUGGUUGGUGCUUCUGGAGGAGCAAAAAUAACCACAGCAACAGCACUGGCGGUCAUCAAUUCCGUCUGGUUUGGUUAUGAUGUGAAGAAAGCAGUGGAAGAGCCCAGAAUUCACGAUCAGCUGUUUCCUGAUGUCACAGAGCUUGAGGAGCAAAUAGAGGAGGGUGUAGAAGAACAACUACGGAUGAGAAAACACAACACCACACGGGGGGGCAGCGGCAUUUCGGUUGUGCAAGCCGUUCUCAGAACAGAUGAUGGAUGGGCUGCAGCCUCUGAUUCCCGGAAAGGUGGCAUCCCUGCAGGCUACUGACCCAGCUCAGCUCUUCUUCAUCAGGGCACUAGUGACACUGAGGUGUGGCUGGGAGAGAGAUCCUUCAGGUCUGCAAUGCAGGGACUUUAACAGGAAAGGGAGCAAAUUUGCCUGUGGUUCUAUUGACAGAACUGGGACUUUGGUUCUCAACAAUCACAACUGAAGUGCCUCGUGCCACAGCAGUGUGCUGAAACAAACCAGGAUGCGACCUACUUGGAAAGUCUGUUCUGCCUUGAAGAGUUUGAUUCCUGCUUCCUCUCCAUCCCAGAAGUGUUUCAGCUAGGAGGAAUGUCUCUGUCACAGCUAGAGAAGAGAUUUCUUCUUAUUGGUGUAGACAGGAGUUGCAGGACCCCGAGGACAAACUAAUAGACCCUUGCUAUAGGAGGGAGCUUGGCUCAAACUGGGAUAAACCUUCACAAACUCACUGCUCUUUGUUUUUUUUUUUUAAAACAAGAUGUUUUUCUGCUUUUCACUUCAGCUGAUUGUUGGAGAUGAGUGGAUAACAGGGGAAAUGGCUUCAACCUUUCUUAUGUUUUCGUUGAGAAGGUCUAAAGGGAGGAUGCUACCUGUAAAACUGAGCACAACUAAAACAAAUAAAAAUGGUGUCACAUA